UGUUAGAAAAAUAAAAUAAAAACAAUAAAAAUCUUUCUUGCAGCUCACUAAUCCCGAUUUUCUUUUUUCUUUUUUUUUUUCUUUUUCAAUUUUACUCGGUAAAGGAGUUGUGUGUUACUGAAAAAAAUCUAGUGUUCUGGAUCGUAAUCGAAGAUUAUUGCGUUAAGUAUUAAAAUUAAUAUUUUUAUUUUGGUGAUAAAUUCAGAGGCAAUGCUUUGAUCACAAUGGAGAUCGCUAUUAUUGUACGGAUUGGAGAUUCUGUGUAAUGCAGGCUUUUUGAUCCAUUUUAAAUUAUUAUAUCCUGAGCUUUGGUUUUAUGUUCUUUUCUGGAGCUGAAGCCAUGGCUCAGAGUAAUUGGGAAGCUGAUAAAAUGCUUGAUGUGUACAUAUAUGAUUAUUUGGUGAAGAAGAAAUUACAUGCUACUGCAAAGUCUUUUAUGACUGAAGGGAAAGUAGCUCCAGAUCCAGUAGCAAUUGAUGCUCCUGGAGGGUUCCUUUUUGAAUGGUGGUCUGUCUUUUGGGACAUUUUUAUUGCAAGGACAAACGAGAAGCAUUCAGAAGCUGCUGCAGCAUAUAUAGAGGCACAACAAUUCAAAGCUAAAGAGCAACAACAGCUGCAAAUACAGCAGUUGCAGCUAAUGCGUCAAGCUCAGUUGCAACGAGGAGGUCCCAAUAAUCCAACUCUUGGUGGUCCAGUAAAUGCUAUUGGUUCUGAAGGAAUGCUUGGGCAAUCAAAUGCCAGCGCAAUGGCAGCAAAAAUGUAUGAAGAAAGAAUGAAACAUUCUAAUCCAAUGGAUUCGGAAACAUCACAGCCUCUCCUUGACUCUCGGAUGCCUCUACUGAAACAGGCAACAAAUCAUCCUGGCCAAUUGGUUCAAGGAAAUUCUGGUAGCAUUAGUGCGGCACUGCAACAAAUCCAGGCACGAACCCAACAGACUACUGACAUCAAGAGUGAAGUGAACUUGGGUGCUGCGCAAAGAUCUUUGCCUAUGGAUCCUUCUUCCAUUUAUGGCCAAGGAAUCAUGCAGUCAAAACCUGGAAUAGGAAAUGCAGGAUUGAACCCUGGAGUCAGCAGUCUUCCAUUAAAGGGGUGGCCCUUGACAGUUAUUGAUCAAAUUCGACCAAGUUUGGGAGCACAAGUUCAAAGGCCUCUUUUGCAUGGUGCAAAUCAAUUUCAGCUUUUGCCACAGCAACAGCAACAGCUUUUGGCCCAGGUUCAAGCACAAGGCAAUCUUGCUAACUCGCCAAUCUAUGGAGAUAUGGAUCCACGAAAGUUUAGAGGAUUGCCUAGAGGCACUUUGCAAGCCAAAGAUGGCCAACCAACUGCAAAUGAUGGAUCUAUUGGUUCUCCAAUGCAAUCUACAUCAUCUAAGAUGAAUGUGCCACAGAUGCAACAGUCAUCCUCUCAACAACAAGAUCCUAUGCAGUCGCAGCAACCGCAGAAUAAUCGGAAAAGGAAAGGUCCUACAUCUUCUGGUCCUGCUAAUAGUACUGGUACAGGAAACACUGUAGGCCCUUCUAAUUCUCAACCAUCAACUCCUUCAACUCAUACUCCUGGUGAGGGAAUUUCUACGGCAGGCAAUGUGCAGCAUGUCAAUAGCAUGCCAAAAGGCAUGAUGAUGUAUGGUACUGAUGGAACAGGAACUCUUGCAUCAUCAACAAACCAAUUGGAAGACAUUGAACAUUUUGGAGACGUAGGCUCCUUGGAUGAUAAUGUUGAAUCUUUUCUCUCACAUGAUGAUGGAGAUGGAAGGGAUUUGUUCAGCACGUUGAAAAGGAAUCCUUCUGAACAUGCAGCAGAAGCUUCCAAGGGUUUCUCCUUCAAUGAAGUUGGCUCUAUACGUAAAAGCAAUGGUAAAGUUGUUUGCUGCCAUUUCUCUACAGAUGGGAAGUUAUUGGCCAGUGCUGGGCAUGACAAGAAGGUUGUUCUUUGGAACAUGGAAACUCUGCAAACAGAAUGCACUCCUGAAGAACACAACCACAUAAUUACUGACGUUCGUUUCAGACCAAGUACAACUCAGUUGGCAACAUCUUCAUUUGAUACAAGUGUUCGACUCUGGGAUGCUGCAGAACCAAGAUAUUCUUUGCAGACAUAUACUGGGCAUACCUCACAUGUAAUGUCUCUUGACUUCCACCCCAAGAAGAAUGACCUUUUCUGCUCGUGUGAUGGUAACAAUGAAAUACGGUUCUGGAACAUCAAUCAGUAUUCUUGCACCCGCAUAUCCAAGGGAGGUAUUGCGCAAGUAAGGUUUCAGCCAAGGAUUGGACAUCUACUAGCUGCAGCAGCAGAGAAUGUUGUAUCCAUCUUUGAUGUUGAGACUGACAGGCAAACGCAUUCGUUACAGGGUCACUCCACUGAGGUACACUCUGUCUGUUGGGAUGUAAAUGGAGAUUACUUAGCCUCUGUCAGUCAAGAGUCUGUCCGAGUCUGGUCACUGGCCUCAGGAGAAUGCAUUCAUGAACUUAGUUCCAGCGGAAAUAAGUUCCAUUCUUGUGUUUUCCACCCAAGCUAUUCCACUCUUUUGGUCAUAGGAGGCUACCAGUCACUGGAACUCUGGAACAUGGCUGAGAACAAGUGUAUGACGAUUCCUGCUCAUGAGUGUGUAAUAUCAGCUUUAGCACAAUCACCGGUUACAGGAAUGGUUGCAUCUGCAAGUCAUGAUAAAUGCGUGAAGAUAUGGAAAUAAGUGAUGCCAGUUAUGAAGUCUUUGUAGCCCCUUAUAUUCUCAGGCUCAUAGUUUCUUAAGAAAGCAGAAAAGUAAAAAGAAAAACAAUAAAGAUGAAAGUCCAUUUAUAUGUUUGAUCUGAAUUCCUUUUAACUUGCAUUAUUUCCUUUGCCUUCAUAUGUAAUAAGGGGCGAUAGGUUCUCUUAGCAGCAGGGUGCAAUUUGAUCGUGUUGUAUCUUGUGAUAAUUAAACAAGAGGUACAUAGAAUGUCCAAGACAUUGGGAGUAUACUUUGUUUUGAGUCGCUUAUAAAGAUGAUGUGAUUUACAAAUAUUUUUGAAAUAUUAGCCUUUUUAAGUACUAGUUAAAACAUUUGUUUAUGUGACAAUUUUAAUGCCACAAUAACUUGAAUGAGAAAUCAUUCUUAGAAUAGCUUUAUUUUUAUGUGAGAAUUAGGAAGUUUUGAACUAGUCUUUUUUUUUUUUUGGGUCUCAUUUACUAUUGUUAAUAUUAAUGGAAGUUAAAAGUUUAUCAUAUUGGGGAGAGCAAGGGGCUGUUUGUGUAAUACAAGCCAUUGGCAAACCUCAUUAUACCUCACAUAUUGCAAUUAUUUUUUGUUCAGAUAAAUUCAAACCCUUAAUAUACUUUGAUUAGGUAAAAGUAUUGCUAUUAUCUAACUAAUAAUAUUUAUAUUUUAUUUUAUUAAUUAAUUAUAUACAUCUACAGACUGAUAAAUAUUCUUCUGAAAAAAAAGAAAUCAAUAAAAUAUGAUAAUCAUGCCUCUUUCCUUCGAGAAGCAAGCGCGGUAUGAAAUGCCUUAUCUAAGUUGGGCUAGGCCCAUUUCAUGACCCAUUUAGUUGUUUCUACUAGACUGAGGAACUUACGAGAAAGAAGGCAGAGUACAGGAGACGAAAGAAAAAAAAAAAUGGCAGCAGGAAGAUUAAGCAACGUGGCGUCACGGAUCAUGGGAGGGAACGGCGUCGUUAGCCGUUCAAUCGGUUCCUCUCUUCGCCUUCGCUCCGGCAUGGGCCUCCCCGUCGGUAAACAUAUCGUCCCUGACAAGCCGCUUCCAGUAAACGAAGAACUAGUUUGGGACAACGGGACUCCGUUUCCUGAACCUUGUAUUGAUCGCAUUGCCGAUACAGUUGGAAAGUAUGAGGCAUUGGCUUGGUUGUGUGGAGGUCUAAGCUUUUUUGCUUCACUUGGGCUUUUAGCUGUGUGGAAUGACAAAGCAUCUAAGAUACCUUAUGUGCCAAAAGUGUAUCCGUAUGACAACCUGCGGGCGGAGCUCGGCGGAGAACCUUAGGUUCAUAUUUGGUGCAAGCAAUGAAUUGUAUCAUUACCAUUUUUCACAUUCGUUUCCUUUUUGGUUCAUCUGGCUGGUUUUGGGAUCCCAAAAAUAAUUACUGUAUGCUUUUGAAAAAGUCUGAUUACUAGAACCUUCUGUAUGACAUUUUCUGUGAGUUGCUUAUGCCAGUUUGGGAAGAUAAAAUUGGUUGUUUA